AUGCUUGCUCCUUCGGGCAAAUCAGAGACUACCGCUAAUCCGGUUGAUCUCUUCAAGAAGAACGAUAUCCUCAUGUUCUCACAAAAGCCAAUCAACUACAUUGAAUCUGUCAAAAAGGAUGGCUAUCACCUUGCAAACAGUGUGUUAAUCACGUCACCAGACAAGCAGGACCGUGAAAUUGGUACCCUUCUUCUAGAUACAGAGAGCUUCGAAAUCAACCUCUCUGAAGGGGGCUACAGCAUCACAAACGGUUUUAUCGUGCAUUUCGAUGAGCUGACACUCCUACUGAUAUUCGAAAAAGUUCAUCCAAAGCCUGAGAUUGUGGUCUUCGGUCUCGGCAAGAGAUCCAGAGUGCUUUCUGAGCAGAACAAACGAUUCAUGAGUAACCUUGGCAUUCAGUUGGAGCUUGGAGACUCCAAGAACGCUGCAAAGAUAUUUGACCUAUUGGCCACCGAGAGACCUGGUGUUAUCGGUGCCUUACUUUUACCACCUAAUAUUUAG